AUGAGAGGAGUAAAUGGAGAAUCUAGAGUUCUGAACAACACUUUGGAGACCAUACAUGCAGCCGCAAACGCUAUCGCUUCUGCCGAGAAUCGUGUUCCACAAGUUACGGUUCAGGUUCAGGAUUCUAUGGAUUCGUUUGGUGCCAUUUCCUGUAUUAAUCCAUUUUAUCAUAAAUUUGGUGGCAUUCAGAAGAGAAGACGGGGUGGCUGGUGGAGUAUAUAUUGGUGUUUUGGAUCUUACAAACAAAAAAAGCGAAUUGGGCCUGCUGUUCUUGUUCCUGAAACAAGUGCUUCUGGCGGUAAUGUGCCUGCUGCUGAAAAUCAAAAUCCGACCCAAGCACCAACCAUUACACUUCCCUUUGUUGCACCACCCUCUUCUCCUGCAUCUUUCCUUCCAUCUGAACCCCCCUCUGCUGCACAGUCUCCAGUUGGUUUAGUGUCUCUCACCUCUAUUUCCGCCAGCAUGUCUUCUAUUUUUGCAGUCGGCCCUUAUGCUCAUGAAACUCAGUUAGUCUCACCACCUGUUUUCUCAGCCUUCCCCACAGAACCUUCAACUGCUCCAUUUACUCCUCCUCCUGAGUCAGUGCACUUGACUACACCAUCCUCGCCUGAGGUGCCAUUUGCCCGGUUCCUUGGCCCCAACCUCCACUAUGGAGAGGCUGGACAGAGAUUCCCAAUAUCCCACUAUGAAUUUCAGUCUUAUCACCUUCAUCCCGGGAGCCCUGUUGGCCAACUGAUCUCCCCAAGCUCAGGAAUAUCUGGUUCUGGCACGUCAUCUCCUUUCCUCGAUGAUUUCGCCACUGGUCUACGCUUUCCUGAGUUCCAAAUGGGUGACCCUCCCAAGCUCUUUAACCUUGAUACGCUUUCAAACCGUGAAUGGGCAUCACAUCAUGGUUCUGGUACUUUAACCCCAGAUGGUACAACACCCACAAUGCGCAAUGGUUUUCUACUGGAUCAUCAGAUCUCUGAGAUUGUUUCACAUCCAGCAUAUAGGGAAGGAAAACCGCAACACCAUAAGAACAUAUCCAUCACUCUUGGGUCUGCUAAAGAAUUCAAUUUUGAUAACGUUCAUGGAUGUGUGGAAGUUGAGACAGGAAGCCUAUCCAAAGCCGUGGCAGAAUCUCUACGGAAUGCAACUGCAAAACAGAAAGGAGAAAACGCUACCAAUUUGGUGGAAAUUUAUGAAUGUCGAAUUGGUGAAACAUACAUCGAAAGAGGAGAAAAAACUCUAGCUAAUACAGAAGGCAGACCACAGCACCAUAAGAACCGAUCCAUCACUCUCGGAUCUUCUAAAGAUUUCAAUUUUGACAAUGUUGAUGGAUGUGUGGAAAUCGAGACAGCGACAUCAUCUGAAGCUGCAGCGGAAUCUCUACGGAAUGAAGCAGCAAGACGGAAAGAAGAAAACGCUACUAAGUUGGUGGAAACUUAUGAAUGUUGUGUUGGUGAAAUAUACAUUGAAAGAACAGAAAGACUUCCAGCUGAUACCGAAGGCAGACCACAUCACCAUAAGAACCGAUCCAUCACUCUUGGGUCAUCUAAAGAUUUCAAUUUUGACAAUGUUGAUGAAUGUGUGGAAAUCGAGACAUCGACACUGUAUGAAGCUGCAGCAGAAUCUCUACGGAAUGAAACAGCAAGACAGAAAGAAGAAAACGCUACUAAGUUGGUGGAAACUUACGAAUGUCAUGUUGGUGAAACAUACAUCGAAACACCAGAAAGGCCUCCAGCCGAUACAGAAGGCAGACCACAGCACCACAAGAACCGAACCAUCACUCUCGGGUCAUCUAAAGAUUUCAAUUUCGACAAUGUCGAUGGAGGCGAUACCCAUAACAAUCCCAUCAUUAGUUCCGAUUGGUGGGCAAAUGAGAAAGUAGCUGGAAAUGAUGAUGGUGUGCCCAAGAAUUGGUCAUUUUUCCCAUGAUGCAGCCUGGGGUAAGCUAAACCGGUAAAGCAUUUUAGUGGAUGCCUUUCUGAUCUACACAUCAUUUUAUGAACUUAGCUUUCAGAAUCGGGAAACAAC